AUGGCUGUAGCAUGCUUUGAAGAUGUGCAGUCCAUUGGAGAUUACGUGGCACUACUGCGACUACCAUGUUACCUCUGCAAAGCUUGGCUCAAGGCUCAGAACGUUCCUUCGCACAAGCAGGACUUGCUUUCUCUUCGAGGCAGCAUGGGGUCCGCAGCAUCCAGCGAUGUGAAGAAUGAGCUCCAAUCAAAGACCGUUGAAGACAUCACUGCGGUGUUGAAGGAGUUGCCCCCGGACCAGCUUGCCAAGGUCGGGGGAGCUUUGAAGGCGGCAAGACCGCGCUACAACACCCUUCGCGAGUCUCCCGCCGACGCCAAGUACAAGCUUGCCAUCGUGCAGUUCAAGGUGCCCGGUGCCACGAACGGCGGUUCCGACAAGGGCGCGGACGGCAACCGUGUCGAUUCCAUCCCCAUCGCAAACUCCAUCAUCAAGGCCGGCGGUGCUUGCGAGUGCAUCCUCUACGACGCCAACGACCACGCCAAGUUCGUGACUGACACCGCCAAGUACGAUGCCCUCAUUGUCCGCAUCAACCCCGGCCAGCUCUCCCAGGGCACCCCUGAGGGCACCCAGGAAAGGUUUGAUGCCCUCAUGAACCAGUACAUUGGCGAGGGCAAGCUCAUCUGGUCCUCUCCCAAGAUCCAAACGCAGAUGGGCGCCAAGGAUGCCCUUGUCAAGAUCGGCAAGCUCAACUGCGGUCUGGAGGACUCCCUCGCCUACUACUCUGCUGAGGAGCUUGAGAAGGGCUUCAAGACCACCUGCGCUUUCCAACCCCGUGUCAUCAAGCAGAAUCGCGGUUCCGCUGGUGAGGGCAUCUGGCUGUGCUGGCUUGUUGACGAGAACAAGGAGCUUGUCAAGGUCUACCCGGCCAAGACCUAUGGCGAGUGCAUGCUCAAGGACACUGACAUGCUCAAGCUCAUGGAGAUGAACGACAACCACGUUGAGUACCACACCGUGAAGGAGUUCCUUGCCUUCUGCGUUGGUGGCCCUGAUCACGCCGAUGCCGGUAAGUGGGAGUCCACCUUCCCCGGCAAGUACCUUGAGGGAGGCAAGGAGGCUGGUGGCCAGCUUGUUGACCAGCGUCUGCUCCCCCGCAUUGACGAGGGCGAGGUGCGUGUCCUCAUGGCGGGCGACACCUGCCAGAUGGCCAUCCACAAGAAACCCCUUGGUGGUCUCUCCGCUGUUGGUGGCAACUCCGUGUACACCUACUACGAGCCCACUGACGCCAAGUACAAGGGCCUCAUCCAGAAGCUGUACGACGACAUCCCCACCCUGCUGCCGUCCCUUGGCCUCGCAGGUGAGCCGCUGCCACUCCUCUGGACUUGCGAUUACAUUCCCAAGAACCCCGACAACUGGGAGAAGGGCCCCUACGACCGCUCUUGCCCUGAUGAUCAGACCGAGUACACUGUUGGCGAGUUCAACUGCUCCUGCGUGGGUAUCUCCAAGUUCCAGGCUGUGUGUGGGGGUGAGAAGACCCUGGCUGACGUCCCGGAUGAAGACUACUUCGAUGCUGAGCGCCUGACUGACCUCAUGGGUGUCAAGGCCAUUGAGAUGCUCGACGCUGCCAAGAAGAAGGCGUGA